ACGUGUAUAUUGUUGUCAUUAAAUAUAAUAUAGCAACAAUAAUAAAAAAUUAUAACAAAUUUGUUCAGAGGAAAAAUGUUGACAAAAUUUUUUGGUUAACAGAUUCUUAAUUUAUUUAAUUGUGUGUGAAGGUGUAUUCAGUUCCUAGUGCUAGUGUUAAUUAUUCGCUUAGCCGGUUCCAAUUGAUUACCCACUAUCUGCAAAAUCUACUUUUAUGGCUGUAACUUUACCUACAGAAUAUUUGGUUUAACUUAAAUUUUGUUGCGACAAAAAAGAGAAAAUUAUAGUGUACAUCAUAAAAUAAACGUGUCUUAAAAGAUUUCUCCAGCUACAAAAUAUGUGAACAAAUAGUAUAUGAAAAAAAUAUACAUUUUUAUAACUUUUCUAAGUAUGUAUAACGUCAAUUUAUAAAGUGUUCAAGACGUUGUGUAGUUGAGUUAAAGAAAAAAUUUCUAAGUUCAACUAUUUUCUCGUACAACUAUUUACGCCCACAUUCCAGACAAGUUACUUAUAGACCUCAAUAACCAGUUGCACUAUUCAUUGUGUUGCCAACGAUUUUAAAAUGUCAAUUUGGACAACAGCCACCAGUUCCCCGGGUCUAGAUACACCUUUGGGUUCCCUAACACAACAACAGCAGCAGCAUCAGCAACAACAACAAACGAAACAAAACGAACAUCGCAAGUCUUCCAGUACUUCGAUAAAUAAUCAAGUCCCACAAACCAAUCAUAAAACUCAAAGUUCUCCUGGCAGUUUGGCCAAUAUUCUUAGCAGCAGCGGCAGUCAUCUUAUAAAUCAUUCACCCAGUGGUGUCAGUGGUGGCCUUACAGCACAUUCCAAUAACGCUAUACAUAUUGGUGUGGCCGUUGGAGCUGCAUCCACUUUAGCUUCUUCUAUAAUACAUCACAGUUCGGGUAGUAAUCACAAUAACAACAAUAAUAACAGCAAUAAUAACGGCAGCGGCAAUUGUACUUAUCCCCAACAACGUCAUAGUCUUUCACAAUCUCAGAUUUUAAGCUACUCUCCACCAAAUCCCAAUAAGGUAAGUUUUUUUUAUUGUUUUUUUUCCAUAGCUAUGCUAAAGCUUUUAAUUUAUUUAAAACUUUUUGGUAUUUCUGUUUUUUUGUCUUAAAUUCUUGGAAGCUGU